GGUCCCGGGCCCCUUAGACCUAGUGGGAUGGGGAGGCCUCGCGUGCGCUUCCACCCGCCCAGCUCCCUACUUGGGAGCGCGGAGGGGUUGUGGGGUGGGGGGUGCGCCGCUCUCCUGGCUGUAGCAAGUCCUUCAGCAGCCUGGGGAGCAUGCCGAGCCUCACUGGCCGGCCGGAGGGUGCGGUCUCCGGGAACCUGCUGCAUGUGGCCUCGCAGGAUUCCGGGAGCCCCGGAAGUCUGUUCUCAGAGAUGAAGCUAGCUAUGCCUUGGGGCCAUAUCUCCGCCAAAGCCUGGGGCUCCCAGCAGGGCCUCCCAGUUCUCUGCCUGCACGGCUGGCUGGACAAUGCCAACUCCUUUGACAGACUCAUCCCUCGUCUUUCGAAAGACUUUCAUUAUGUUGCCAUGGAUUUCGGGGGUCAUGGGCUCUCGUCCCAUUACAGCCCAGGUCUCCCAUAUUACCACCAAAACUUUGUGAAUGAGGUCCGAAGGGUGGUGGCAGCCCUGAAAUGGAGCCGUUUUUCCCUCAUAGGCCACAGUUUUGGUGGCCUUGUGGGUGGAAUGUUUUCCUGUGUCUUCCCUGAGAUGGUGGAUAAACUUAUCUUGCUGGACGCCACACCAUUUUUUCUGGACAUUAAUGAAGUAGAGAACUUGCUGACCUACAAGCGGAGAAACAUAGAGCACACGCUGCAGGUGGAGGCCUCCAAGAAGCCCUCAAAAGUGGUCAGCCAGGAGGCGAUGCUGCAGGGGUUCCUGACGAAUAACAGUCACGUGGGAGAGGAGUGCGGGGCUCUCCUCCUGCAGAGAGGGACCACGCAGGUGGCCACAGGUCUGGUGCUGAACAGAGAUCGGAGGAUCACCAAGAUAGAGCACUGCUUAGAUUUCGUCAGCAAGGAGCUGUUUGAGCACUGCAUCAGGAAGCUGCAGGCCCGCGUCCUGCUCAUCAAGGCAACCCAAGGAUAUCAUGAUGUGAGGAGAGAAAAUGAUGCCAACAAAGAGCCCAUGCUGUUCAAGAUCAGGAUGCUGAGAGCUGUCCUGAAAGAGCGGUUCCAGUUUGUGGAAGUCACAGGCAAUCACUACGUCCACAUGAACCAACCCCAGCUCGUGGCCAGUGUCAUCAACUCCUUCUUACAGAGCAAGGAGAGGAUCCCAGCCCAGCUGUAGCCCCAGGGCUACGAGACCUCCUGCUUAGCACGGGACUCCCAGCUCCUAAGCCCAGGCCAGGCGUGGUGGGGACAGGCUUUCCUGAUCCUGAAGACCAGCAUGGCUGGCAAAGAAGCUUGUGGCAGAGUUGAGGAGGACAUGCCAGGAUUCUGACUUUAAUACCUGUGACUGCAAGGGGAAGACGGUGUCUGGAUUCGGGGGGUUAUCUGUUUUGUGAGCGGGUAGUGGGUGGGGGGGCUAGGACAGUCCCACCCAGCUUUUGUGGCCUUUACUUGCUGCCCAACUGAAUGAAAAAUAAAAUGCCCUUGUAUUCUCA